CGAUGAUUUGGAGGCUACAGUCUACAAUCCUGGCACCAACCUGCAACACACGGCAAGAAGAAAGGUCAUGCGCACUUAUUGAUAAACUCCCACCUCGAAGCAUGUGGAAAUGAUCUCUUGCUGAAUCUCCUAUCUUCUCUCUGAAACCAGCGCAAUCAAUACCAAGUCAGUGAUCAUGAUCGAUCCAAUGCUCCUCCUUUCAGACGUCGGCACCGCCGCAGCUUCUGCUGGCUACGUCCAGAUCACUUUGAUCUGGGUCGUCUAUGCCGUUGCAGUCGCUCUGCUCUUGUCAUUCGCCUGCCUGUUUGUCUACCUCUACCAGACGCACCGAGACCGGUCCAUCUUCGUCACAAUCGUCUGUAUCUUUACCAUCACCUGCCUGCUCGCUACAGUGCUCCUCCUUCCGGUCGAUGUUGCAUUGGUCUCGAGUACAACCAGUUCCACAAGAGGUGUACGAAAAGACUGGGCAAAUCAAGGCAGAGUAGACAACAUCACCUACACUCUCCGAAUUGUCUACUAUCUGCUCUACUCUGUGGACGCCAUACUAUGUCUUCUGGUCGUGCCAUUCACCUACUUCUGGUAUGAAGAAUAUGAUGAGGUAGCUCAAGAGGAAGGAUCACAAACAUUUGGAUCAAGAUUCUGGGGCGCGUUCAAGUUCACCUUGAUCUUCAUCAUGCUCUGCGUUACUUUGUUCGUGGUCGGAUUCUUCGUUCCGGUAGCGCGUCACCGGGAAGGAGCCCAUUUCGAUCUCGAUUUCUUCAAGAAGCUGCUAGCAGAAAACCACGGCGAACGUGCUUUGACCUUUGCACUCGGCCUACUCAUCACCAUCGGCGUGCUCUUCUAUUGCUUCUACACUGCCGCUGGGCUGGCUCUUCUACCUCUUACGCUGAUCAAGACGGCCCCAGGCAUUUCUGCUCCUGCGCUGGGUGAGACCAGCGCUGCCCAAUUGGAAAGCAACCUUGAACGCCAAAGACAGCUUGAGGGACGUGCACAAGGCAACCCAGAUGGGUUGUCAUCCAAAGAUCAACGAGAGCUGGAUGCGCUGGUUAGGGAAGAGCGCACCCUGCGUCGCCAUCAAAGACUGGCUGCUGAAGCAUCAGGAGAGAACCAGAACAUUUUCUGGAAGAUCUGGAUCAAGCUGGAAGCAGUUUUCCGACCUAUCAAGCUUAUCCUAGGUCUUCUCUUGGUGGUCGUUGUUCUGUUAAUCUUCGUUAGCAUGCUCAUCACCGGCAUCGACAAAGCUAAAAACUCGAUUUGCAAACGACACUGUGGUUAUCUCCUGGCGCACAUCAAUAUCUUUCAGCCAAUCAACUGGAUCCUAGUCACGUCGGCCAAAGUUUUCCCGAUCGACUAUGUGAUCUUCCUGCUGUUGGUGAUGCUUUUCUUCAGCGCCAGCAUCAUUGGUAUAGCGACAAUUGGUAUCCGGGUACUCUGGAUCACAGUCUUCCGGAUCCGAAAGGCCCACACAUCACCUCAAGCCUUGCUCAUUGCCACGGUCAUGCUUACGUUGAUGACCCUGGCCAUCAAUUACUCUAUUGCGAUGAUGGUGGCUCCACAAUACGCGACCUUCGGUCCACAAACCUUCUGCGAUCACCCUCUAAAGCACCCUGGCGAACAGCCAGACUGUUCGGACCAUCCGCAACACAUUGUCCCUUGCACUGAGUUAAGUGAUAAUCCUGCGGCGCGGAAUGUCUGUACACCUUCGGUGGUGUCCACCUUCCUCAACCGCGUUACGGUCAAUUUUCCAUUCUUCGGCGUUGUUGACUUCUGGGCACAAUUUGCCUUCUUGGGCAUCUUCAUGAUCGGCUUCAUCGUUCUGCUCUUCCGCACACCGAAGCUGUCCGAUCCUGAGGACGAUGAAGAUGCUCUUGAGGAAGAAGAGGAAGGACUAUUGGCCAGUACCGGCCGCAGGUUUGGCGCAACCUGGCAGGACAUUACCGGCAGAGUAAACCAUCCCAACGGGCAAGGUCAAUCGUGAGGGAGAGGUUCAGGGGCAGGAGUGGACGGGCGAGUAGAUUGUAGGGAUGUUUUGUUGGUCGCGUUGAUGGAGUCAAGAGUGGGAAGCACAACACAAGUACAGGGAACACGCACAAUUUGGGCUCAGGUGUUACGAUUGAUGGACCCUUCAUAUCACGGGUAAUUACUCUUUCUGCACUUAGCGGGGUCUGAAUCAAUAUCAAUUGUGACUGCAAGAUAUCUACUGUUGGCAAACCUCAGAGUAGUCCACCUCCUAUCCAGAGUGAUACAUACAAUAGUGAGGUCACGUGCGGCCAAAGCAAUGGCCUCUAGCAAAC